GUUCAUAUUUCCCUCCUCUUGUUUCAUCAGAGAAAAGCCAAACUUUUUCACAAAGAAACUCUCUCUCUCUCUCUCUCUGAGUUCAUAGAGAUUCUUUCACAGUAAGCUUUAGGGUUUCAAAUUCACUGCUCGCUCUUCAAGAUCAAGCUCGAUUUGACGUUAAAAAAAUGUGCAUUUUUAGUUUUACACUCAGCUAGGUUUGAUUUUGGAGCUGAAAAAUUAGGGUUUCAGUUUCAGAUAUGGAUGAUUUUUUGCGAGGCGUGGCUGGAGCUUUGGUUGAUCUUUGAUUUUCCACGGAAAAUGCGUUAGCUUUUUGCUGAAUCAGCGACUAAAAGUGUUAAAAGUGAAGUUUUUGCACCAAAGUUUUCAAGCUUUCUCAGCGUUUUCUCGGAAAAUCCGUCAGUUUCUCGGCAGAUGUACUUUAUUUUCUUGCUUAUGGUUAGUACACUUGCUUUUCUAGCCGUGUAGUGACUUUCACUUUCUAUGGAAGUUAUUUGCGGAAACCCUAGUUUUUCGCCGGAGAAACGAUGCUCGACUGUGACGGAGCUCACAAACACAAAGAACGAGGCGAAACAGAGCAUAAUCCGAGCCAUAUUUGAGGACAACAAGGCCGAGCUCGUCACGUACGCGAACCGGCUCUUCAAAACCGGCUCGGAUCCACUAGACCGGCGAGUAGUGUCCAAGCUCCUCCACCUCUGCUGCGCCUCGGACUCCGCCGACUCCGCCGCCGCAUUGCUCAACGGAGAGCUCGGAACUCUACCGCUCGUCAACGAGUUCGACGACGAGACAGGCCGCUCGCCUCUCCACACGGCGGCCGAGUCUCACUCGAAACGCUGCGUUGAGUUGCUCCUCAAGAAACGCGGUCGUACGGACCUGAAAACCAAGGACGGUCGCUCUCUGAUCCCUCUGGAGCUGUCCUUUUUUAGCAGAAGAUUGGAACUGAUUUGGAAUCCUGAUGAUUUCUCCAUUGAAGAAUUGUUGGUUCUUCUCAGCGAAAAGGAUUUGACGGCGGUGAAACUGUUGAGCGAGAAAACGAAGGAAGCAGCUGAGGUGGCAUACGCUAACGCCGUUAACGGCCGCAUAGUUCCGUUAGCGGCGCUUCUCGUUGUUGCGGCGAGUAAGAUUAACGAGGCGGUUGUGGAGGUGAGUUGUAAUAAUAGUAAGGAGAAAGCCACCGUGUACGAGGGCGUGGUAAGGAAGGCGUUGUCGUUGGGACCCGAAACGGCGUCGUUAGGAGGAGCUGAGGUGGUAGAGGGGGAUGGUGACGUGGCGGCGGAGAGAAGGAAGCUCUUGCUCCGAGAGAUUGAGUUGUUGCAGCUGUUCGGAGCCGUUGCUUGCAGUAGUAGUGGGAGUUGUACGGAUAAGAAGGUGACGUCACUACUGAUCCGUGCAGCGCAGGCUGGUGAUGUCGCGGUCAUUGAGUUGCUUCUUAAGACAAACAUUGAUGUGAACGAGACCGACGCUGAAGGAAACUCUGCACUUCAUUGGUCCCUCAACCUCAAGAAUUUCACUCACCAGACAAUAAUUGUAUGGCUACUGCUGGACAACGGCGCCAAAGUCAGCCAAAGGAAUAAGUUGGGGUUGACUGCUCUUCAUAUUGCUGCCGCCAAUGGCAAUGUAGAUGCACUCCAGGUCUUUCUAUUGGAAGACCCAGAUGCUAUCAACUAUAGAACAGAAAUGAAAGAAACCCCACUGUUUUUUGCAGUGAAGAAUGACCAUAUGAAAUGUGCUGAGGCUCUUUUACGAUGGGGAGCAAGUAAUGAAGUCCUCAACUUGCGUAGACAGAGACCUAUAGAUUUGGCAAAAUCUCAAGAUAUGCGUUACAAGCUGAGUCCAACCAAUAUUAGCCACUUGAAUCGUACCUCGCCAGAUCAACCGAAUUAUACCACUUAUUUUCAAGGCGAUGAGAUAAUUUCAGGCACCUGUGAUGCACUUCUAAUCUUGACAGAAGAAAACACUACUGAAAGUAGCUGCUCUAGCACAAAGGCUGAGAUCUGUAAAUACUUUGCAUCUCCUCGUGGAUGUGUCAGAGGUGAUAAGUGUUUUUAUGCACAUAGUGAGAAGGAACUUCGGCAAAAGAAGCAGGGAACACAUUCUCCUACUACCACCAAGGACCUCAGAAGGAAAAUCUUUGUUGGAGGUCUCCCUCCUACGUUGGACUCUGCAGACUUGUUGCGUAAAUUUUUUGAAGAGCAAUUUGGUGCAGUAGAAGAUGCUAUAGUUCUUGGUAUGCAAGUAGGAAAUGAAUUGAAAUCUCGAGGAUUCGGAUUUGUCACGUUUAAAGAAGAAAAAACUGUUUCAGCAGCUGUUGAAACACACUUUGUCAGCAUUAUGGGCAAGCAAGUUGAGAUGAAAUCUGUACUUCCAAAAUGUCUUUUACUCAUUGAGAACCAGAAACUGUCACCAGGACAACAUGACAAAGAACAGAAUCGCGAUAAUCAACCUCAACAAGAGACACCCAAUGAGAAGAUUAUAGAAGAGGCUAAACCUGAACAAAUGUCUUGGGCUGAUAGAUUACUCCAUGGUCAACCAAAGACAUGUUCCAAUGAGCUUCAAGUUCAAGGCCACAUUAGCCCCAGCCGUGUAGAUCAAAGCAUGCCUGCGUGGUUCAAGAAUUUCAAGAAGUGGCUACCUUUCCACUUGAAAGAACAAUCGAAAUUGAGGGAAGGAGAAUAUGCUCUCUCAUCUCUCAAAGGGGAUUUCAGAGCAAAAUUCGGCCUGGAAUUGGAUCAUGCCUCUCUUGGCUACCCUAAACUUAGUGACUUCAUGAGAUCUUUCCCUGAUAUUUGUCACAUGAAAGUGGGCCCCAUAGGAAAAUGUGGAACUGCCACUCACUUGGUCCUCAAACCUAACCUUCCUAAGCCUCAUGACAAAAUGAAGCACACACUCACAAUGCCAUACACACCCUCUAAUCCUACAUCAAUUAAUGAGAGUGUUGAUUCUGAAAAAUCUAAAUGUUGUCAGGACCUUCUUUCUGGCUCUUGUGAAAAGGCUAUCUUUGCUGAUAGCAACAUUAUGGAGAACCUAGCCCAUGAGUACCCUGAAGUGAAUUCAGAUCGGAAUAAUAAAAUGCCUGGUGUACCAAUGAGGCUUAUUUCCUUCUUGAAGCCAGACCAUCUCUUCCAUGGUCGACCAUGGCUACGAAAUGGAAGCAACAUGAUUGGAGACAUUUAUGGUGAAAGAGGAGGGUGUGUAGAGGGAAUUAAACAGAACAAUUUUAGGCAUCAACAAAGACAUUUGGUUUUGGAUGCCCUUCUUAGAAAAAGGAACAACAAAUCAGUUUUUUUUCUUCGUGACCCUGGCUUCUACACAGAUUAUAUAAAAAGCCUCAACCGGGAAAUGUGCUUUGCGUGCAACCAGCAUAAGAUGCUUUGGGCAAACUUUCCAUGCCAACACUUGCUGUGGUGCAGUGAUUGUAGACUACAGGCCAUACAGGUGGCUGGAGCUUCCGAUCAGAGAUGUGUGUUGUGUGAUUUGAAAGUAGAGAAAAUCGAUAUGCUCCCAUGGCAUGACAUUUGUCAGGCUGUGCGUGUGGAUCUUCCUAAUGUGAAGGAGUUUCCACCUUUUGAUCCUAAUCAUAUAAGAAGUCCAUCCAAGAAGAAAUCUCCCUGGAUUGGCAACUGAUGAACUUGUUGCUGUCAGAGUCUCUGCAAAGCAGAAAAUAAUUGCAGUCAGAGAACUUCAUAUGGUAAACGUACAUGAGUGUUUUUGAUGUAAGAAAUAC